UGAAGAAUUUGAUUUUGGCGAUGGUGAAGAUAAAAAGAAAAAUUUGGAUGAUCUUAUUCUUGGCAUCUGUCUGUGGCAUACCAAGAAUCAUGGGGAUAACGGUUUUCAUAGCAAAACGGAAAAUGGAAGCGAUAAUAAUGAAGCCGUUGUAUUGCUUACAAAUGAUCGAAACCUUCGAGUCAAAGCGCGUGCAAGGGGUGUUGAAGAAUACAACAUUCGCGCAAACCUAACCACAAAAGGAUUUUAUAGAGAUCAGG